GGGCCUACGGGGCAGGAGUGCUCUGGGCUGAAGCUGGGUAGGUGGAGUGUCAUUGGGCUCCCAGGAGCGGCUAAGGCGAGGGGCUUGGGAGCGGCCUGGGACUCGACACUGCCAUGGCUAGCGCGCUGGUUCGGAAAGCCGCGGACUAUGUCCGGAGCAAGGACUUCCGGGACUACCUUAUGAGUACGCACUUUUGGGGCCCAGUGGCCAACUGGGGCCUCCCAAUUGCUGCCAUCAAUGACAUGAAAAAGUCUCCAGAGAUUAUCAGUGGGCGGAUGACAUUCGCCCUCUGUUGCUAUUCUUUGACAUUCAUGAGAUUUGCCUACAAGGUACAGCCUCGAAAUUGGCUUCUGUUUGCGUGUCAUGCAACAAAUGAAGUAGCCCAGCUCAUUCAGGGAAGUCGGCUGAUCAAAUAUGAGAUGAGUAAGAAGGCAUCUGCUUAGCAAUGGGAAGAACCAGCUCUGUAAGGGACAGCACCCCAGCCACUGCUACCAACUCACAGAUUCCAUCAGCAUAAAUAGUCUUGCUAUGGAGAAAAUGCAGAAUGCUAUUUUUACUACCCAUACCACUUUUAUAGAAAAAGCUGAGAGUCCCUGAAUGAACUCUCUGCUGCCUUAUAAUACUGAAUAUUUUAUUUCUCUUCAUAGAGAGUAGCUCAAAAUAUGCAACUAAUUUAAUAAUUUCUGAUGAUGGUUUUAUCUCCAGUAAUAUAUUAUCUAUUAUUAGUGAAAAACUAAAGAGAACAAAAUUUUGUAACUAGUUACAGUUAAGUACUCAAAAUCCUUGCUGUUUUAUUGAAUGACCACAUGAUAUCCACUAGCUGACCACACAUCUAAAAAUCUGAUUUCCUUGUUUCAGAAGUAUCUGUGUAUUUUCAUGCAGUGUGUAUAUUGAGAUGCUGUAACUAUGGCAAUAAAUGAUUUAAAUAUUUGUUAUAUGAG